AUGUGUGAAAUCCGCGCAGCUGUUGCUGCUGAGCCAUUGGCAGAGCAGCCAGUGUUGUUUCGCAUCCCACAUGCGGAAGGCAACCACAAGUGCCAAGGAGGUGGAAUGGUGCAUGUAGACGACAUGCUUGCGGCAGGAUUGACCGCACGCCUUCAGGAGCUUGAGAAUCACUUGAAGUCAAAGUUCAAAGUGUCCAGUGAAUGGAUCCGCCAAGUCGGCGACGAGGUUUCCUUCUUGAAGCGGCGACUGAUCCUAGUCAGCCCCAAUUUGCUGGUUGUUGAGCCUGAUAUCAAAUAUCUUGAGAAACUCUUGAAGAUCACUGGACUAGAUGGUGCCAAGGAGCGGUACAAGGCGGCCCCGUUCCCGACUGGAGGCCUGCCGACAGACCUUUCAUCGGACCGCGAGCUGAACUCAGAGUCAGCAUCAAAGUAUCGCUCAGCACUUGGUAUCUUAAUGUACCUUGCUUCUGACCUGUUGGCGUGUCAAUUUGGGAUUCGGUUCUUGUCCACACAUGCUCACAAGCCUACCGAAGGCUGCUGGAAGUUACUGAGGCAUCUGACUGCCUAUGUGAAUUGCCAUAAGUCACAUGUGCUUUGUUUGGCAAAACCCCAGCUUGGGCAAGGACUGAUCUGCAAUCGCGUGUCUGAGCAGAAAACUUCUACCCUCGAAAUGUUCUCAGACAGUGACUGGUCGCUUGGGAAUCGCCAAGGAGUCGGACGGACUCGCCACAUCGACGGAAAGCUGUUGUGGCUUCAGCAGAUGACUCAGGAAAAGAUGCUGGACAUUUCACCGGUUGGAACCGCAGAGAAUGUUGGUGACCUUCCCACGAAGCCGCUAAAGCCAGAGAGAGUUGAGUUCAUCCUUGCACGGUUGAAUGUUCGUGACAAGGAUUGCGGCUAUGCCUUGGUUGGGAACGCCCAUUUGCUUGAUCACAGGACGCGACAUCAUGUGAGUCGCAUUGUGAAGCGAGGAGCAGUCAACCCACAGCUUGUGCUUCAGAUCCUUGCAUUGGCUUUGCAAGCAGAUUCUGUCGCCAGUGCCGAUGAUGAGCCCAAUACGCAUCGCGAUGACGCCUUGAGCCAGGGGACUGGCGAGCACGGUUACGGUGAGAUGUUUUGGAAUUUUCUUGAACAGUUGCUGUAUGCGAUUUUCUUGAUUGCUGAUUUCCUUGCAGAGCAUCCCAUGCCGAGUUUUAUCGUGAGCCAAUGCGUUAUCAUUGCAGUGCUGUGUGGUAUCUUCUUGUGCCGUGGAAACAGGCCAGAAAGGUUGCAUGAGAAGGCAAGUGAGGCAGCUGCGUGCAGCGAUGGCAGCGCGCCGCAGGUGAUGCCGGGUGUGUGCGUCAAUGUGACAGUCGAGGGAGCCAAAGUUUCGGUUGAUAGUGUAGGGCCCUAA